AUGGAAGUUCCCGAGUUGCAGGUGCGUAGGAAGGUGAUGAAGGCGAUAAAGACGAGGAGGUCAUACUGGGAGCAGACGUACAGCGUCGAAAUCGACAAAGCUUCUUUCCGGGAAGUUAUUUCCGCUCUCAAGAAAUGCUCGUAUUCGAAUUUUGCCGACGAUGAUUUCCGAGUAAUGGGGAUCGAGGUAAUGGAGGGAGCGUGUCAGCUGGUGGCAGAGAGGUUCAGAAAUUGCGUGUUCGAGAGACUGUUCAGGGAGGGGCAAGACGAACUUUGUCGUGCGCUUGUGGAUGUGAAGGAGCUGUGUGAGGCUCUGGACGACGAUAGCCGUGAUUGGCUGGCACGGGCCAGGCUCGAACGUGACGAGUCGUCACUUUUACUGGCCGAGUCCUUGGACAGAUGGAGACAUGUCUUUGACUCGAAAUUCUACCAGCUGAGGAAGUUCCAAGAGGUUGGGUUGAGGCUCGAGAAGCAGCAGCUGACGACCAUUUCCCCAAUAGUGCGCGAAAACAUUACGAAUUUUGUGGAGAAAGUAAAGCUCAGAAUGUUUAAACUAUUCAACAAGAACUUGAUGGUCAGCCCAUCUCAUGUCAGGGAGGUUGUGAGCAGAAUGACUGAUGUUCCGCUUGUUGAGUUGUCCUCGUCCACUGGUUAUCUAAAAAAAGAAGCCUCACGCCUGGCGAAGAAGAAGCUGGUGGGACUCGACAGCACGAUCGAUGGAAUCUUUGAAGUUUUAGCAGCCUCCUGCACUAAUUCGGGCGGAGUACGGGCCAGGCCGAGGGGUUUAUUUCUCCUCGUUGGCCGAAGAGGAUCCGGCAUCACAGAGAUUGCCAAGGCCGUUGCGCAACAUUGGUAUGGAGAUGCGAGCAGGCUUGUGGAGUUUGGGAUGAGCAAGUUUUACGAUGGAAACCCAAUUGGAAUGGCAGCAAGGGAUCCCGAGUCGUGGCCAAGAACCAAGGCAAGCCUCAAGCUUUUCUUGAGCCGUCUCUCGGAGGUUGUGAGAAAACGGCCCUAUUCGGUGAUUCUUCUGGAUGGAAUAUAUAGAGCGGGCUUUUGCGUUAAGGGUCUACUCCAAGUUUUACGUGGUGAUGCGCCAAAUGAAUCCUCCGGAGUUGACUUUUCCAAGUGUAUUAUUUUCAUGGCGGCAAGACGGGGGCGUGCUGCGGAUGGGCUUAAGGCGAACUGUACAUGCUUUGGUGAAAGACCACAACUCGAGGAGGCGUUCGAGCAAGAUCCAGCAGGAUUCAAGAGGGCCCACAACUGUUUGCCCAAAAUUUUGGAAGAUGCUCUGUCCAUGGGAAGACGUUUAAUUGGGUCCGAGCUAUUUGAUUCUAUGGUGGAUAAAGCUUUUGCUGUGGAUGUUAGGCACAAUGAGAAGGCUGUUUUUAGAAUGCUUCUUAGGGAGAUGGUUAGAGAAGUUGGUGAGGGAAGGAUUCUCGCGCAUAUCUCAGAUGCUGCUUUGAACGCCAUGCUUUGGAAUUCACGUGCUAGUUUCUCGUUAUCAUUUCCCGGAAAGUCUUUGAAAGAAAGGUUGAUUGAGGAGGUCCGGCCACAGUUGGUAGCCACAGCCCGAGGUUGUUAUAGUAGCAAUGUUAUUGUAUAUAUCGACACCCUGGUUGGAACGGGCGAGCUGUCGUUUAGAUUUGAAAAGAACAAACGAGACCUAGCCGAUGCCUACUUCAAGCACAAGGACGGGACAUUUGGCAGCGUGAUGGCCAAUUUGGGGCUAAAACUGCAGUCAGCCUGCUAUCUGUUUGAGUUGCACAAAAGGAUUAUGCGUCAUUUGAGUCCAGCCAGUGAAAACAGUGUACAGUUGGGGAGGUCCCUGCUGUACAUGUGCAAAUAUCUCUCGAAUUUUUCUCCUUUAUCUCCGAGCUUGGAGGAGGUAGUAACAACAAGAGGAAUACCAGUGACAACAUCUAAUACGGGUGAAGAGAAGUCCAAGUUGAAGGAUAUAGUGACGAGGAGUUUGUUAGCAAAAGCCGAUACAAGUCCUGCUGAAGCAGUUGCCCGCGUGAUAAUCGAUGCCUUAUCCAAGAUGAUUGAUGCUCCACCGGAAAUUUAUUUCCCUCCCAAUCCAAAAUGUCACCUAAUUUUAUGCCCGCACGCUUAUGAUGCUAAGAGGCAACUGAUUUUACGUCUGAGCGAAUCCCUCGAGUCGAAUUUCAUGCACGUCAAUCUGAGAAUUAACAUGAGCAGCGGCCAUCAAAUCAAGAAAUUGCUGAUGGAGUUUGUGAAGGAGAGGCUUUUUGCUGUUUUCAUGCUCGAUGGAGUUGAGGAUUCGGAUGAUGUCCUCUAUGGGAGCCUUCUCGAGAUCCUUGAUAAGGGUGAACUCGUCGAUGACAUCAGUGGUCAACCCGUUGACUUCCGGAGAGCUAUCUUUAUCCUCACGUCAGAGGCUGCCAACAGGCAGGCAAUUGCUGGCUUCUUUGAUUCCCCACCGCAUGAUGAGGAUACUGAUACUAAUCAGGAGGUGAAACGAUUUAGGACAGAAUUGCUCAACCGGGUGGGUGAAAUAAUUCUUUUUAACCCGACAAGUUCACGCGAGCAAGGACACAUCUGCAGGCUUUGUAAAUGCAACAGCUUCAUCAAAUGCUCCGCAACUAAUGCUGUAUCGGUUUCGAGCAUCAUUAGAUUGUUCCAAUGUGGCGAUAGAGACGACGGGUUUUUUGAUUAUUUACAACAACAGUUGUCAUCAUCGCGUGUCAAAUUCCAUUUGUUGGGGAGCGCGGGAGAUACCUGUGGAGUCGAGGAGACCUUGAUGCCGCAGUCGACUGCAGUACGCGAAAUGUUCGCGGGCGACCCGCAACCAGCUACCCGUGACCUCCCAGGCAUCCUGCUAGUGACCUGCGACAUCCCAGGUGUUCCCAGGUGCAGCGACUGCGCGACCCCUUGCCUACAGCGCCUGUGCGCCUUGACCAGCGACAUAUAG